CCGCCGUCCACCCAGACAGACCCACCCACCAUGAGCCAGAAGAGCGGGGGAGAGGCGGGACCUCCCCCCUCGGCGACGUUGGCCUCAGGAAGUUCCCUCUGAGGCAGGGAGUGUCUGCAUAUAAAAUGGUCUGCAGUUCACUGCUCCAUAGAUGCCACCUCUUCCACCUCCAGCCCCUCUGCCUCUUCCUCCCUCACCAUGGGACUCUCGUCCAGUGGCCUCUCUACCUCCUCCUCAGACCACCUCGCCGUCUCGCAGCACCUCCACCCCGCGGGGGGGGACGGAGCCGGAGCGCCGGAGAUGCAAGGUAUGGAGGCCGCCGGAUCCGCCGCCGGCAGAGGCAACGGUGGAGCGAACCCCGCGGGUGGGGACGCGGGUCCGGGAGUGCUGCCGGGGCUGGGCGUGCAGCAGCUUCAGAACACCCCGUCCAAGCGAAGGCCCGUGCUGAGCAUAUCGCCGCCGCCGGAAGAUCUGUUCGACGACAGCCAGAUGUCCUGCCAGGAGGAGCCCGCCGUAGCCGCCGCGCCGUGUCCGGACUCGGAGCACAGCAGCAGCAUGUGGGCCGACGACUCCGUGUCCAACUUCAGCCUGAUCAGCUCCGCCUCGUACAACGACAACACUGAGGUGCCGCGCAAGUCCAGGAAGCGCACCCCUCGGCAGCGGCCGGGCCCCAAGCCUGCCCCCCCGGAGAACAGCAUGGACGUGUUUGACGCCGACAGCGCCAAGGGUCCGCACUUUGUCCUCUCCCAGCUGAGCACAGACAAGGCCGGCGCAAUCCCAAGCUCUCUCGACGCAGGAACUGCGGUGAAAGGUGGUUCGCUGUCCGCUCAGUUUCCUCAGAGGAGCGACGGGAAGGAGCUCAAGAUCCUGGUGCAGCCAGAGACGCAGCACAGAGCUCGGUAUCUGACGGAGGGCAGCAGGGGUUCGGUUAAAGAUCGCACACAGCAAGGAUUCCCCACUGUCAAGUUGGAGGGCGUUAGCGAACUGGUGGUUCUUCAGGUGUUUGUGGCCAACGACGCGGGGAGAGUCAAGCCUCACGGCUUUUAUCAGGCCUGUCGGGUGACGGGACGCAACACCACUGCCUGUAAGGAGGUGGACAUCGACGGCACCACCGUCAUAGAGAUCCCUCUGGAGCCCAGCAACGACAUGACGCUAGCUGUGGACUGCGUAGGAAUUUUGAAGCUGCGUAACGCAGACGUGGAGGCACGCAUCGGCGUGGCGGGAUCCAAGAAGAAAAGUACACGAGCCAGGCUGGCCUUCAGAGUCAACAUCCCCCAGCCUGACGGCUCGGUGCUCACUUUGCAGGUCCCCUCAUCGCCCAUCCUCUGCACCCAGCCAGCUGGACUGCCGGAGAUCCUGAAGAAGAGUCUCCACAGCGGCUCAGUGAAAGGAGGCGAGGAGGUUUUUAUAAUUGGCAAAAACUUCCUCAAAGGAACCAAAGUCAUAUUUCAGGAGAACCUUGCAGACGAUAAUUCCUGGCAAGCCGAGGCCAAGAUUGAUAUGGACCUUUUUCAUCAGAAUCAUUUGGUGGUGACCGUCCCUCCGUUCCAAAGCCAAGCCAUCACUUCUCCCGUGACCGUGGGGAUCUUUGUGACGACCAACGCUGGUAGAUCACACGAGGCCCAGCCCUUCACUUACACUCCAGAAUCAGCAGAUGACUCAAAUGGCCAGACAGUGAAAACAGAAGGAACCUCGCUGGUCAACACCUGCAUAUUCGACGGCCAAAUCAAAUCUGUGUCCUCUGAGCAAAGCGACUGCUCCGGCCAGCCCUCCAAGCGGCAAGAGGACACCCCUAUGGAGGUCUCCAGCAAUCCACAGCCCACAGAUGUGUUCAAACCGUCCCCAGACCCCCUGAUCUCAGUGCAGCAGACUCUGGAGCUCAACUCAAGUCCACAUCCAGGAGGAGAGGCUUUCGAAAGCCCAAUGCCCCUACAGCCCGAAGACGUUGAGCUCCCCCAGGCACCCCCCGUCUUCCCUAGCCUAGAGUCUCUCGGCACCAUACAAAAGCAAGAGCUCUCUUCCACCACGUCGUUCCCGGUGUCGGGAGAUACCUCGAUACCGCCGGUCACACCAGAGGUCCCUCAGCAGUUCCUCAGAGACCCCCAAGAAAGCCUGUCCCCUGAGACCUCCGAUAACAGCGGCACGAUCGUGGUCGUGGCCAUGUCUCAAAUGGCGGCCCCCGCUCAGCCGCAACCGCAGCCGUCGCAGGUCACCCUGUUCCCCCAGGAAGGCGUUGCCCAGCUGGAGAGGGCAGUCAGGGAGUUGCAGGCUGGCGGCACCACCACCCUGGAGCAGGUGCUGGAGGUGGCCGUGGCCCAGCAGCAGCUGAACUCGGUGCUCUACAGCCCCACGCCCUCCGCCGAGUCCUUGCAGCAGCACGUCCAGGAGAACAUGAACAGCCUGCGCCUGGGCAACUCGGAUAACCCGCUGUCGGCGCAGCAGCAGAUGCAGAUGCAGCAGCAGCAGCAACAGAUGCAGCAGCAGUUCCAGCAGCAGCAGAUGCUCGAGAACCUGCAGCAGCAGCAGCAACUGCAGCAGCAGCAGCAGCAGGUCCUCAGCAACAUGCAGAUCCAACAGCAGCUCAUGCUGCAGCCCCGAGACCAGCAGCAGCUGCAGCAGCAGCAACAGCAGAUCAUGGAGAAUAUCCAGCAGCAGCAGCAGCAGCUGCAGCAGAAUCAGCAGCAGCAAGUCCUCAACAACAUUCAGCUCCAGGAUCAGCAGCAGCAGAGCCAGAUGCUGAGCAACUUGCAGCAACGCCAGCUGCAGCAGCAGCAGCAGCAGCAGGAGCAGCAGGUCUUGGAGAAGCUGCAGCAGCAGCUGCAGGCCGAGCUGCUGCAGCCCCAGAUCCACACCUCUACCCAAGCGCAGCAGCCCGUCUCCCUCCUGCAGCAGGCCGGCGACCUGCUCACCAUCCAGACCAGCUUCCCGACGCAGCCCCCGUCCCACACGUCCCCGCCGCAGCAGCUCUUCCAGUCGCCCCAGCCGCUGGCCGAGACCCAGAGCUCCCAGCAGCAGGUGCAGGCCGCCCUGCUGCAGAACACGCUGAGCGUUCUGUCCGGUGGCGCUCUGAGCUCAGAGCAGCCGGCCGCAGGCUCCGCCCUGUUCUUAUCCGCCAACCCCCAGCCGCAGCAGCCGCAGCCCCAGCUGGCCUUCAUCUCCUCCAUGGAGACGUCGUCCAGCCAGCCCCAGCCCGUUUCCAUGUUCCAGAACCAACCUCCGUCCCAGCUUUCCCAGCUGCAGCCUCAGAACACGCCCAUGGAGCAGCAGCAGUCCCCACAGCAGAACCAACAGCAGCCGCAGCAGCUUCCGAUGGGCCAGCAGGGCUCCUUGUUCCAAAACAUCGCCAACCACUCGCAGGCAAACCCCGUCCCCCAAGCCCAGAUCUCCCAGCCCCAGCAAACGGGCCUGCUCCUCUGCACCACGGAUCUGAACUCGCCGGCCAUCCUGUUCAGCACCCCAACCCAAGCCCCUCCCCCUAUCGCGAGCAUUAGCGUUGGGAUCUCCCAACCAGAUACGGCGGAGCCCAUGUCUUUCCAAGUCCAGAGCUCGUCAGAGAGCAGCUCCACGCCGGCCCCAAACCAGCAGCAGGGCUUGUUCCAGGAGCAGCAGCCCAUGCAGGUGACUCCCAGCCCCGGCCAGGUGCCCAGCAGUCAGCCGGUGAAGCUCUUCAUCCCGCAGACGUCGCUGUCCGGCCUGCAGGGGACCAUCGGCUCCCAGGAGCUGAGCAGCGAGGCCGCCGCUCCUGCCGCCACCAUCUUUGUGGUCCAGGGCGGUGUGGGCGUGGUCGCCAGCCCGGGUCAGCAGCCGCCGGAGCAGCUUUUCCAGACCGGCGUGGGCGGGACCGUAGCGCCACAGGGACAGCCCAACCUGUUUGUGUUUGGCAUCCAGAACGACUCGUCGCAGUUGCUCAGUUCUUCUGGACCCAACCUGCCCGCUCAGAGCCAGGCGCAGAGCUCCGGUCACAUGCAGCCUCUGCUGGACCGGCCCAUGGCGCAGGCGGCCCCCAGCAUGCACGGCAAUCUGCAGAACACCAUCCAGGCACAAAUGCAAACCAGCCUAGAGAACGCACUGCAGUCCAACACCCAAACUCCGAUGCAGACCGGUCUGCAGACACAGAUACAGAGCAGCUUACAGAACCAGAUGCAGGCGACGUCCGGCAUGGAUAAGAUCGAGGACAUCCUGGAAAGCCUGCAGAAGCAAUGAGACAAUGGACAGACGUGUAGAUGGGCGAAGGUGGCGUGUCGGAGGUUUUUUUUUUUUGUUUUCGUGUCAAUGCCAUAAAACAAAAAACGAGAAAAAAAAAAUCUAAAUAUUUAAUAACAAAAUGCCCUUUUACUAAAAACCCAAAUUAUGAGCUUUGACACGAUUUUUUUUAAAAGGUCAUUAUUAAUUCAUUUAUUCAUUUUAGAUCCUGUUCAUUGCUCUUGAAUUGUUGUUGGCAGUUACCAAUGUUGCAAAUUAUUGAGGCCCAGAGUAGCUUGCUCAGAUGCUUGGGGGGGGGGGAGGAGGAAAUAAUUCAGUGUUUUUUGUUCUGUGCUUAGAUAAUGUGAGCCUCAGAGAUGACGCUACAAACCUGCCAUGUGUGGGAGGGGAAGAAACUAGAAUGGGAUGGAGCCUUGGAAACAUCGGCUCCACGGAUGUGCUGGAGAACGGCUGAAUCUCAUUUUGUGAAUGUGUAAACUCCCAGGUCUUCAUUUCACUCCAGCGACCAGUGUUUUAGAAGAGAAACUUUAGAUUUCGUUAUGACGGCUCAUCCAACUCGUCUUUGAUUGUUUUGGGGGGUUUUUUUUGGCUAUGAAGAAUUCUCCCCAUUUUCCCCUCAAACCUUGGAUUUUGCAUGCCAGCAACUUCUGCUCUAAGAAUCCAGGGUGGUUUAAAAGGCACGUUUCUUUACAGGAGGAGGAUGUGUGCGCGAAUAUUUGCUGUUGUGCAUUUAGUCCACACUUGAAGUCUCUCUAAGAGGGGAGGAUAAAACGCAGCUAUCAGCUGUAGUGCUUAAAAAUGGGAGCGGGCCGGCAUGAGAUUCUCACGGUAUGACCUGGAGUAAGAAUAGUUUUAUUAUAGUCGUACAACCGUGAAUAACGCCACUUGAAUGUUGCUUUUCUUUAAAACCGAAAAAAAAAUGAUUCAUCGCGCUGCUAAAAUAUGACUUAUUGACUUUUAUUGUUACAUUAAAGGUGCUCGAUCUGUAACACGUUUUUAUUUUUAAUACAUUAUCUUAAGCAAAUAAAAGUUGACUAGACACCCCUUUUUAAAUGAAAUCCUAAUUUUACUUUUUCAGAGUGCCAACAGUGUAACAAGCUUAUUAUUAUUAUUAUUAUUAUUAUUAUUAUUAUUAUUAUUAUUAUUAUUAUUUAGGCUUUGCGCUCAGCUACCGGCCUGCUAGUCAGACCUGCUGCUUGGAGACCGAAAAAAGCCGUAAAACAAGACGUCGUUGAUGCUCCUCUAGUUUCCGCACAAUCACUAGAAAUAUUUCCAAACACCUGAAAUAGCUUCUUUUUUUUUUUCUUUUUUUUUUUUUCGUCCAGCUUCUCGUUUUAUUAGCUAGCCUGCAGUCAGAAAUGCUGCUAAGCCGACAGUAGCUUUAAUAAGGCAUUAGCUUAAUAAAGGUGAUGGGGGGCACUUGUUUGGUUCUGUUUUUUAGGCUGUUAAAAGGCUUUUUUUAUUAGUAUUAUUAAAUCUUGUACCCUGAUACCUCUAACCGACCCACGCUUCUUUAAAAAAAUAAUGUAAAAUAGUUCUCACUAAAAUCUAAUUUGCUAGGAGGGAGUAUUCCACAGUCACAAAUGAGGUUCAGCCUGUUGAUUAUUGUGUCUGGGCCUGUUUGAGGGCGCUAUGCGGCGUUCUCGUGUUUGGUGGGUUUCUCUGUGAAUUUUAUCAACAGCAUUCAUUUCACUUCUGUUUCGUGUUCAUUUUUUUUUUUUUUUUUUUUUAAACAUUUAUUUUUUUCCCAUUUAAAUGUGCUGGUAACCUUUUUUACCAAUCAAUCGUGGACAGAAAGCAGCUUUCCACUGGUGAAAACAAGAGUGUUGUGUGGUUUUUAUAAACAUUUUAUCUCAAGCACUUUAUAACCUUUUUGUGUAACCUGCUCCUCCUGAUCGUCCCUCCGUCCGUCCGUCAACAGCCCUGUAAGGAACACCCCGAAUUUAUACACGAGAGAGAGAGAGAGAGAG